AUGACAGGAUCUCAGGUGUGCAACAAGGUGUUUGGCAACGCGUCUGCUUUGGCGAAACACAAGCUAACGCAUAGUGAUGAGCGAAAAUAUGUUUGCAUUACCUGCGCAAAGGCAUUCAAGCGGCAGGAUCAUCUGAACGGACACAUGCUAACACACAGGAAUAAGAAGCCCUACGAAUGCAAAGCAGAUGGAUGUGGCAAGUCCUACUGUGAUGCUCGUUCACUGCGAAGGCACACUGAAAAUCACCACCAUCCCGAUAAGAACGGCAGCAAGGAGAGUUCGGGCAGUAUUGAACGUGAGCCGACUGCUGCCCGCGUCGCGUCUCCCAUCUCGCCAGCGCGUGCGACCCUCUCAGAAAUGAGUAAUGGCUCUGAAAAAACCAGUAUCACGACGACCAUCACCACUAACGGUGAUAACACACCACCUCGAACGCCACCAGCUCAACCAACGCCAACAACUGCGCCAGCUCGACCGAAACCAAAAACAGUGAAACCAAAAAUAUUGCCUGUGACUAUUGACUCUGACACCAGCCACAAUAGACCUCAGCGGGACUCUAUUGAAAGACAAUCCGCGUCGGAAUCACACUGA